CGUCAAACUGCCUUAUGUCGCAAAGAGCCCACACGUAGUUGGCAGCUACUAUUCACUACAGUAUAUCUCGUUUUAUUUACUGUUCAAGAUAACUGCUACAAUGGAAAUCUUACGUCCAUCAUUGAUCAACAUAAGUGGAAGAGUAUACAGAAGAAAUACUAUCAAAGAAGACCAGUAUGAAGAGGGGGAAGAGGACGACUCCUACAUGGGACCACCAGCAAGUGAACAGUUUGAGGAAGAAGAAGAGUUCUGUGACAGCCACUCCAUAGAACAGACUGACAAAGGUUUCAGCUGUGCCAUUGAUGUCCCAAGUGUUCUUUACAAAUACAUCAUUGGAAGGAAAGGAGAGACACGUAGAAGACUCGAGGCAGACACAAAGACAGACAUCCACAUUCCAAAACAAGGAGUGGAAGGACAGAUCGUGAUCACUGGCUCCCAGAAGGCCGCGGUGUCCUCUGCCGUGACUCGUGUCGAGCUCCUGGUGCAGAGCUUUCGCAAGAAGCAGCCGUUCACCCACUUCCUGUCGUUCGCUCUUAACCACCCUCAAGUUCAAGAUGGAUUCCUGAGGUUUAAAGAGGAGGUGUUGGAGCAGUGUUCUCAGGACCACGGAGUAGAUGGAAGCAUCUUCCAGAAUCCUGCUAAGCUCCAUCUAACAGUCGGCACCCUGGCUCUGCUGAAUGACCUGGAAGUGACCCAAGCAUGUAAACAACUCCAGCACUGUCAGGACUUUAUCAAGACCAUCACAGAAGGGAAGCCUCUCCCGCUGGAGGUGACAGGGAUUGAGUACAUGAACGAUGACCCAGCCAUGGUGGAUGUCCUGUAUGCCAAGGUCCAAGUGAAAGAUGGUUCGGACAAGCUGCAGACCAUUGUGGAGCGGCUGGUGGACCACUUUGUUUCCUCGGGGCUGAUGGUCAGAGAAUGGGACAGAGUGAAACUGCACGGCACAGUGAUGAACACUCUGUUCAGGAAGGAUGCUUCAGAAAGAUGGACAUUAAGUCAGUCACUGGACACUGAGUCACAGCAUAAAGAUGGACAUUAAGUCAGUCACAGCAUAAAGAUGGACAUUAAGUCAGUCACUGGACACUGAGUCACAGCAUAAAGAUGGACAUUAAGUCAGUCACUGGACACUGAGUCAGUAAGCAUAAAGAUGGACAUUAAGUCAGUCACUGGACACUGAGUCACAGCAUAAAGAUGGACAUUAAGUCAGUCACUGGACACUGAGUCACAGCAUAAAGAUGGCCAUUAAAUCAGUCACUGGACACGGAGUCACAGCAUAAAGAUGGACACGGAGUAACAGCAUAAAGAUGGCCAUUAAAUCAGUCACUGGACACGGAGUCACAGCAUAAAGAUGGACACGGAGUAACAGCAUAAAGAUGGCCAUUAAAUCAGUCACUGGACACGGAGUCACAGCAUAAAGAUGGACACGGAGUAACAGCAUAAUCACAUGAACACAUGUCAACAACACGGAUGUAGCAACAACCAUAACAACAAUAACAACCCCUAGAUUUAAAUGUAUGUUUAUUUAACUAGGCAAGUCAGUUAAGAACAAAUUCUUAUUUACAAUGACGGCCAACCAAAAGGCCUCCUGCGAGG